AGUAGGGACGGGGAGACGAGGGAGGUGGGGGAACAGCCACAGCCAAACACAACCAAACACAGGUGACAAACACAAAGACGGCUCAGUCGACGACGACAGCGACAACAACGUCAGCGUGGAUGCAUCCUCGUCGUCGCGGAGGGGACAGACUCACAAUAAAACUCCCACCAGCAGGCCAUCGCCAACCGGAUGAUAAUAGCAUGCUGUCGCCCGCGAGUGGCUCAGAGUAUCACGACAGCAGUGAACCCGUCGAAAUGGACAUCAACCAGGAGGAACCAGAGGAACAACAACCAGAGCCUUUCACUCAGACAAGAGGUGGUCGUCGUAUCAAACGCCCUGACUACUACGAGUCGCAGUCGGAGCAGGACCCAAGCGACCUCUUCAACAACGACAACCACGUCAUAAACAACACCUCUCGACGCAGCAACCACCAGGAUGAUGACGAUGAGGAGGACCAACAACCUCGACGCUCUACACGCUCAAAGCCAAGACGUGGGUCCGGGCUUGCUGAUUUCAUCGUUUCUGAUGAGGAAGAUUCCAAGAAAUACCGUCUCCGCGAGAGACGGAAACCACCUACGCCACCUCCUCCAAAGACGUCAAGCGGUCGUGUAAGCAGACAGCCCCAGCGCUUCAUCCAUUCCGUCGCCGCUCGAGGAGAACAACAGAAGCGCCCCACACGAAAGACACGGCGCACAGCAGCCGAGCUCGACGACGGCUAUGUCGACCAAGGAACAGACGGCUCGUCCUCAGAGGCAUCUUUAGCCAACGCACCACGCACAUCCUCAGACGUUGAACUGGACCAAGACGCAGAGGGUGAACCAGACCCAGACGCCGAAGGCGAAGGCGAAGUGGAAGUGGAGCAAGAAGACGGCAGACCUUACGCGUUCCGUCGACGCACCAAGAUAAACUAUGCCGUGCCACCCCCUCUGGAAGAACUUAAAGCUCCUCCUCCUCCUAGGAAUCGUACAACGGGCGGAAGAGGCGGAAAGAGGCGCGGCCCAGGGUGGAGCGCUACGGGAGCAGAGCUUGGCAGGUGGAUGGGUGUGCAUGACGACUCGGACUCGGACGUUCCUCUCAGAACUCCCAGGAGGAACCUGGGCGAACGGCAGUAUUUGCAACUGCUGUCUACAACUAGUAUAGCUGUACACCAACGCCCCGGUAGUCUGGAUACCAGAUCCGUCUAAUGAGGCAAAGCAACUCCAUAGGCAGGCUGGUAUCCAGACUAUGUCAGUGGUUUGUGGGAGUGCCUCUCUGCUCGAGGGGCUUGACCUCGGAAAACACGUUGAAUAGAGUGGCUCGACAAAUGGCAGUUUACACGACGGUGGCAUCUGCAUUUCAACUUUUGCUCAGCCCCAUGAUGGCCCACGUACUCCAUCUGAAGUAAUCAUCAACAAUCUUCCAGACAGUGAUGGACUGU